AUGAUAGAUUGGGAGCUUAUCCGAUAUGCUACUAAUACGGAUAAUAAACCUACUCCUGGUUAUGCCUUCAAUGAUCUCAUUACCAACAUCAGAGAGAAUCCCCAAGGGGUCCCUGAUGUGGCUGCCUACUUGGCUCAGUGUGUUGCUGGUGAUCAUGCUCAUGUAAAACUGAAGGCGUUAUUGUGCAUGAAACACUUGGCCAAUAGAGUACCCCCAUUCCGCAUACAGUUGCGAUCCUAUGCUGCUGUGAUAGAGCAGGCUACUCAAUUCACUGGGCCUCCUAGUCCUACCUAUGGCGAUGAACCCUACCGUCUAGUUAGGGAUACUGCUACUGCUGUAUGGGACAUAACCUUCAAUCAGGGCGAUGAUAUCGAUAAUGCCACACAGUCCUUACAAGAGAGGAUUCAAGGCUUUGGGUCAGCCCCGACUGGUAACACCACCAGCCCAUCAGUAGCCAGUACAGCCCUGCAGGGUGCAGCAGAUUACGUCGGUGAUGCUAUCUAUGACGUCGUGCUGGACUAUCGAGAGAAGGGAGCUGUAGGCACCCUACGGGAUGCAACCCUUGAUGCUGCUGAUCUAGUAGCAGACGGUCUGGAGACAGCAGCUGGAUGGAUGCGGGAUAUGUUAGCUGGUAGUGCUCCUCCUCCUCCUCCUCCUCCACCUCGUGCUAUCACCGGGGGCCCUGCAAACAUAACUCUACCACCAAAUAUGGCAAUAUGCGACCAGCAGCCUAUAACUUCAACUGGUGGCUUCUUGGAGCAGUACCGGCAGCAAAACGGUCGUCAAUUCGCGUCGGUUUUGGAACAUGGAGGUGCCGAGCAUUCCGAUGACGAAUCGUCGUCGUCAUUGCCUAGUAGUGAGGGCCCCAGAGUACUGGGCCCUGGCAUCGAUAUCGUGGUUGAUGGACGAGGUGCUGCCACAGUUAUAUCUCUAGAUCGUACGCUUAAUCCUCCCCUCAUCGUUGUACGGUUGGCUAAGGAUGGUUCUAGAGUGGUAGUGGACGAAGAGAAGUGCCAUAUUGUGGACAGUAAAGACGAUGAUGCUAAUAUAGGACAUACUGAGGACUUACUUGAUGUUGGUGCUGAUGAUAAGACUGCUGAAGGUGUUGUUGAUCUCGGUGAUGGUUUCAAGGCGAUUCCCAUGGUGGGAUCUACUCCCGUUAGUAAGGUAGUGAAGAACCCUGACACUACUACCAGCAGUGAGGAGGGCGACGAUAAUGAUGUGGGGGCCAGUGAAGUGAAUACUCCGGGUAAUACGAAUGUAACUACUGGUAACAAUGAUCUACUUGGGUUGCAUGACACCCGUGAUGAACUAUUUCAAGACCCUGCCCUGAAUAUGUCUCUAAGAAAGGCAGAGGGUAAUAUUUAA